UAAUUUAAACACAAUUUAAAAAUUCAAAUCAAUGAAAAUUAUAUAAUUAGUUACAAGAUUCUAGUCAUAAAACUUAUUAAUAUUCUUUUUUUUUUUUUUUUUUUUAAUUUACGACUAUGAGCAAAGGGGAGCAAAAUUCUUAAUGUGCACCGUACUGCACUUAAUAAAAACCUUCGAGAAAAGAGGAUAAUUAUUUAAUUAAUAUUAUUUCUCUGCUUUUUUAAUAUCGCAUCGAACCUCUCGUCGCCACCAAAUCCUUUUGUCUCCCCCCAAUCAAAUUAGGGUUAGGGUCCCCCCCUUUCAUAGCCGCCAAUCGACGAUGACAGGCAAGGCGAAGCCGAAGAAGCACACGGCGAAGGAGCUCCAGGCCAAGGCCGACGCGGCGCUGACCAACAGAGGCGGAGGAAAGGCGGGGCUCGCCGACAGGACGGGCAAGGAGAAAGGCGGCCACGCGAAGUACGAGUGUCCUCACUGCAAGAUCACGGCGCCGGAUCUGAAGACGAUGCAGAUCCAUCACGAGUCGAAGCAUCCAAAGCUGCCUUACGAGGAGCCGAAGAAUCUCCACGAGGCUCUGGCUGCUGCUCCUGAGUCGUCUUCCAAACCGAAACCUGGAAUCAGAGGAAGCCUCAAGAAGUGAUGAUCUUUGUGUGUUUGGGGGUUUGUAUCGAAUUGCGUUGUCAUCUUUAUUAUUAUGGGUUUCUUCAAGUUGUCUGCAAUGAUGCAUAUGAUAUAAAGUAACUGAUGAUAUGAUAUCUCUUAUUAAUC